AUGACGACAGUGACCCGCCGAACCAAGAUCAAUAUAAGAAUAGUGGAAGAAGACACUGGUCGAUAUCUUCUUCUCCUUUCUUUGAGGAAGGGAGAUCGCAGACCAUUGAAUGUUCUUGCCAUAGUUAAUGUAUGGUCUCUUGUCUCGAUGAGGGCUGGUGCUCUAAUACUAGCAGCUCUCGUGCCUACUAUCCCUUCUACUCCAGCCUUAAUUAAAGGUCUGGUUUCGUCCGGGAUGCGGGGUAUCCUGGGCUCUUUGAGGAAGGCUAAAGUAGACCAGUUGAUAAGUCCACAGCUAUGGAUAAGUGGAGCCUUGAAUGGAAAGUCAGUUCACAGCUGCUCCCAAGGCAGGGAAGUUGAAGCAGCUCUGGAUCUUGGUAGCGGGCAAGUCCCAAAGACAAGAUCUUAG